UUUAAAGAAAGUUUUCAAAAUCAAAUUAAUUAAAGCCAUAAGUAAUGGCUCAUAAAGCUCUUUUAGCUCUACUGGGUGAUACUUUAUCAAGUAAAAGUGAUAGUAGCGGAUCGAGUAGUUGGAGCGAUUUAUCUAGUAUUAGAUCCGAAUUUUCAGAAGAUGAUGAUGACGAGGACAGACUGUUUUUUCCUCUUAUGCAGUACCUAAUAAGAUUAAAAAGAAAACGAGUUGAUGACUACUUACACAUAAUAGAAUCUUGGACUGAUGUGGAGUUUAGAAACCGAUUAGGUUUAAGUCGAAAAAUAGCCUACAGUCUAAUUGAUGAUUUGGAAAAAUCUGGUUGUAUAGCUAAUCAUAAAUUUGGCUUAAAACCUUUGGAACCAAGAUUAUGCUUUUAUAUAUUUUUAUCAUUCAUAGCAAAUACAGAACCCCUUACACCUAUAGCCACUAGAUUUGAUAUAUCAAUAUCGUCCACAUUUCGAGUUAUAAGGAGAAUUGUUGCUUGGAUUUUAACCAAAAUGGAUGAAGCUAUCAAAUGGCCACAGGACAUCAGUGAUUAUAGAACAAUUUGUGACAGUUUCCAUAGUAAAACCGGAAUAUCAAAUAUUCUAGGAGUAAUAGAUUGUACACAUGUUAAAAUUGAGAAACCAAAGAAUGCUAGAGAAUAUUGUAAUCCAAAAGGAUAUUAUUCUAUAGUUUUACAAGCCACAAUUGAUGCUAAUUUGCGAUUUACUAACAUAUAUUGCGGUGAACCAGGAUCCACAAGUUGUGCAAGAAUUUUGAGGAAGUCUCCUAUAUAUCAUACUGCAUCACAAGAUCAAAGUGUUCUUUUUCCACUCAAUACAUUUUUAGUUGGACAUUCAGGAUAUCCUUCUUUAACAUGGUUAGUUCCACCUUUCAGGGAAAACAAAAGAUUGACUUUGCCACAAAGGGAGUUUAACACUCUUCAUGCUGCUACCAGGAAAUUAAGUGAUAAAGCUUUUAACUUGUUAAAGAGUAGAUUUAAAAGAGUUAAAUUAUUUACAGUUUAUAGAAAUGUUGCCUUUAUAACUGAUACUAUUGUUGCAGCAUGUAUUUUGCAUAAUUAUUGCAUAGAGGAAAGUAUUUUCCUUGAGCUAAAUGCUGGAGCAUAAAAAUACUUCUUGUCAGAAAAAUAUUUACACAUUUCAGAGCAAUUGAUUUAUUACACAAUAAAAAUAAUAAAUUUU